AUGAUGAAACUUUAUCAUAUAUUUUAUUUUCUUCUUCACUUGUUCAAUGCGGAAGUGAAUGCAAGCAUACAGGAAAGAGAAAUUGGAAACAGGGAGGUUGUAUAUACAAGAUGGGGAAAGAGUAUGUGUCCUUCACACGCAAAAUUAGUCUAUUCAGGGUAUACCGCAGGAGGUCAUUAUACACAUCCAGGAGCGGCUGUAGAUCCUCUUUGCUUACCGACGGAUCCAAGUGGGGGAUCUUUAAAGGGUGGUUUUGAUGGGCAUAAGGGUCUUGUUUAUGGAACAGAGUAUGAAACAGCAAGCUUUAAGGAAAACAUAUAUUUCAAUGCAUUGCAUGAUCAUGAUGUCCCAUGUGCUGUGUGUCUUGCUCAAAACAAAUCCGUUUUAAAGAUGUUUCCAGCAAGAAAAAGCUGUUACGAAGGCUGGUCACUUGAGUACGAGGGUUAUCUAAUGGCGGGAAAUUAUCGUCACCCAGCGGGUAAAACAUACACAUGUGUAGACAAGAAACCAGAAACCAUACAUGGCGGCCAUGCAAACAACGAUGGUUACCUAUUUUAUUUUGUUGAAGCUGUAUGUGGUUCAUUGAAAUGUCCACCAUAUGUUCAAGGGAGAGAGCUAACUUGUGCCGUUUGUUCAAAAAUGUAA